CUUUGUGCAAAUUGUCGUCUUCCGAUGUUCGAUAAUGAGGAUCGCUUCAGCGUUAACGAUUGCUGCUAUCAUCAAGCUUGUUUCGCCUGUGAAGUGUGUGGACGAGAGCUAAGGGAUCAACAGUUCUAUCUAAGUGGUGGACGCCUAUACUGCAAGCAAGAUUAUCUGUACAGCAUGGAUCGAAAAGUUGAUCGAUGUGUGGAAUGUAAGGAGCCUAUUCAGGAUGCGGUGCUCACGGCGCUGAAUGGCAAAUAUCAUCCUUCUUGUUUUCGAUGCACGGCUUGCGGGAUGUGCCUGGAUGGUGUUCAAUUCGCUCUCGACAAAAAAAACCAGGCGUACUGCUUACCGGACUACCAUGAUCAAUUCGCACCACGGUGUUACCGAUGUAAGAAGCCGAUCCUUCCUGAUGAGAGGUCCCGUGAGACGGUUCGUAUAGUCGCUCUUGAGAACAACUAUCAUGUGGACUGUUAUUCGUGCGAGGUGGGAAAAUCUUUUAAAUAUGAUGGAAAUUCCUACUCAGUAGAAAUAGAUCUUUCAAGGUAUCAUAUCCAAAAGAGUUAUAAGAACUUCUAG